CUAACCCUGCCACCAGGCCUCCUGCCACCCAGGAAGGUGCCCGCUGAGACUAGCGAGCUGAAGCCAGGUAACUGUAACCCCGAGAUCGAGAGCACCCUCCGCCCCCACCCCUACCCCCCAGGAAAUAAAACGCCUUCCUGGGGGAGGGGAGGGUCAGCCGCCCCAGAAUUCGGCCGACCUCAAUCACCUGGGACGCCCUGGAACUGGACACCCACCCGCCCCAGGUGCAGAGGCCUGGGGUCGGACCCUGUUCGUGAUGGAGGGCGACCCCACCGUGUUCACCACCCGCUCCCUGCCCGAAGACCCCCGCCUCCUGGCCACAGUGACUAAUUCGUACCUGGGCACCCAAGUGUACCAUGGGGUCCUGCAUGUCAGCGGAGUCUACAACGGAGCUGGAGGCGACUCGCACCGGGCAGACCUUCCCAGCCCCCUCAAUGUUCGCCUGGUGGCUCCAGCCUGCCCUGGGCUUUCCACAGAGGAGACCUUUACUCUGGACACCAACACAGGUACUUUUCUCCACACCCUCCAAAGCCCAGACUUCUUGGCUUCCCACAGAGUCUAUGCCCACCGAGUCCUCCCCCACCUGCUGGUCUCCAGCGUGUCCAUUAGCCGAGUGGGCUCCACCAGGCAGCCGGUCACUGUGCGCCUCCGAGCUGACUUCACGCCCCACAGUCCUGAUCUGGCCUUGCAUCUGGGCCCUGACUUUCGGGGUGCUAGGUACCUAUAUGGCCACACCCUGGUCCCAGAGGAGCCAGGGGGACCUCAACCGGAGGUGCACAUGCUCUGGACCCCGGUUCCUCCAACACUGACGCUGUCAGAGGAAGAGAUGCAGACGUGGGACUUCCUUACCGUGGUGGGAGGCAGCAAGGAGGAGGCUGAGGGCCAGUUCCUGGAGGCCACUUCACUGCAGGCCGCAGGUGCCCUCUACCACAGCCAUAGUGCCGCCUGGGGGGCCCUCUGGGAGGCCUGUGCUGUGGACCUGGGGGGGCCUUUUCCCCUCCGCCAGGCUCUUCGAGGGUGUCUGUACUACACGCUAAGCGCUCUCCCCCAGCCAGGUGCUCAGGAGCCUUUCCACGGGCUCAGCCCCGGAGGCCUUUCCAAUGGGCGCCAGGGCGAGUGUUACUGGGGACACAUCUUCUGGGACCAGGACCUCUGGAUGUUUCCCAGCAUCCUGCUGUUGGACCAGGAAGCCGCCAGGAGCCUUCUGGAGUAUCGAGUCCGGACGCUGGACGGGGCCUUGCUCAAUGCCAAGGAGCUGGGCUUCCAGGGGGCCAAAUUUGCCUGGGAGAGUGCUGGCUCUGGCAGGGAGGUCUGCCCUGAAGACAUUUAUGGGACCCAGGAGAUCCACGUCAAUGGGGCGGUGCUGCUGGCCUUUCAGCUCUAUUACCAAGCCACCCAGGAUCUGCAGCUCUUCCAAGAGGCCGGUGGCUGGGGGGUUGUCAGGGCCGUGGCUGAUUUCUGGUGCAGCCGAGUCACCUGGUGUGCCGAGGAGCAGAAUUACCACCUCCGAGGAGUGAUGCCCCCCGAUGAGUACCACUCAGGUGUCAAUAACUCCGUCUACACCAAUGUCAUUGCUCAGACCGGCCUACGUUUUGCAGCAGAUCUGGCUAGAGACCUGGGUCUGCCAGUGCCUGAACGGUGGGCAAUGGUUGCUGAGAAAAUCAAGGUGCCUUUUGAUCCGGAGAGAAAUUAUCACCCAGAGUUUGAUGGGUAUGAGCCCGGAGAGACUGUCAAGCAGGCUGAUGUGGUCCUCCUGGGCUACCCAGUGCCCUACCCCCUGAGCCUGGAUGUUCGGAGGAAGAACCUGGAGACCUAUGAAGCUGUGACAUCCCCUGAGGGCCCCGCGAUGUCGUGGAGCAUGUUUGCCGUGGGCUGGAUGGAGCUCAAGGAGUCCCAGAAAGCGCACGCCCAGCUCCAGAAGUGCUUCUCCAACAUCUCAGAGCCCUUCAAGGUGUGGACAGAGAACGCUGAUGGCUCAGGUGCUGUGAACUUCCUAACAGGGAUGGGGGGCUUCCUCCAGGCAGUGCUGUUUGGAUUCACAGGGUUCAGGAUCACCGGGGCUGGACUGGCCUUUGACCCUACAUGUUCAGCAGAGGUGCCAUCCAUGUGGCUCACUGGGGUCUCCUAUCUGGGGAACAAGCUCUGUUUCUUCUUCUCCGAUGAGAUGGUGACAAUUGAAGUGACGGCCUUGGUGGGCAGUGGGGCCCAUCCACUGGAGGUUGAGUUGAGGACAUCUGGGAAGAGGCUGCCUCUGCCCCUGGGACACAAGGUCUCCUUCCCCAUCGCUGCUGGUAGGAUCCAGAGAAUGCCCUUGUAGGAGACCAGGAGGCCGACCUGCAGGAGCCCCUCCAGCAGCAGGAAGAGAUAGAGCAUCAGCCCCUCCAUCCUGAGUCGUCCCCCCACACACACACACAAACACCAGGUUGGGGGCAUGUCCUCUGACUGCUGAUGCUUGUCUCCUACCCCACCCCCCAUCAGUCCACUGCCAAUGCCUGUGGACUCUGCCUAGUCACCUCCCUGACCUAGUCAGGGUCAGGCCCACAGUAGCUUCCUCUAAUUUGCCUCUGACAACAGCCUCUCCUUCCCAGAUCCAUCUGUUGUAGGCUGCCAGAGGCAUCUUUCUAAGCCACCCCCGCCCAAACCCUCAUUGAUUCCCUGGUGCCUACACAGUGAAAUCCAAAUUCCUGAGUGUGACAUUCAAGGCCUUCCACCCCACCAUCCCCCAUGAACCCUCAUUGACUCCCUAGUGCCUUCACAAUGAAACCUGAAUUCCUGAGUGUGACAUUCAAGGCCUUCCUCCAUGCCAGUCUUUAUUCUCCUCUGGUACAUUGGGUGUACUGGGUCACUGUCCUAUGUUCAUCUCCACGUUCCAUGAUCAUGGAAUGCCUUCCUUGACUCCACUCCCCACAGGACACCUUCCUUCCCCAAGUGAUGGCCCGCCACUCUCUUCCGCCUUCUCUCAGUCCUGUCAUUAGUUGUUCUUGUAAUGGUGUGGGCCACACUGAGUCCAUCUCUAGUCCUGGGGCCUGCAUACAGCAGGGGUUCAAUAAAU